AUGGCCGCCGACACCAAAUCCUCAGCUAAGUCGGAUGGGCUCAAGACAAGGCCUGAGAACCCCAGCGAAGAGGUCUACAAGGCUGAUCUGGCUCGUGCGGAGAAUGAAUUGGCCGCUAUCCAGAAAAGAAUGGAAGAGGUGAAGGCCAAAAUCAACUCGGCCAAACCAAACAACCAAGAUUCCCCAACUGCUAAGAGGGCUCAAGAAUUACGAGCUGAACUUUCUUCAAUUCGUCAGCAACAGCAGGGUUUCAAAGCUUCUCGAAACAGUCUUCAGGAAAAAAUCAACGCACUUGAGGCUAGUAUCAAAUCUCGUGUUGCUGAACAAAAGGCGUCGCGUUCCCGUGUCUCCUUUAAAAAUGUUGAUGAAAUCGACAAGGAAAUCCAAAGGCUUGAAAAGCAGGUUGAUUCAGGCGUCAUGAAGUUGGUUGACGAGAAGAAAAACCUCGCUGAGAUUUCAAACCUCAGGAAGCAGCGAAAAGGCUUCUCUGGAUUUGAGGAGUCUCAAAAAUUCAUCGAUAACUUGAAGUCACAGCUUCAUGAAUUAAAGAAGUCCCUGGACAACCCAGAGGCCAAGGCCUUGAGUGAUAGAUACUCCGCGAUCCAACAAGAACUAGAUGCCAUGAAGGCUGAGCAAGACUCUGCUUUUAAGAACUUGAACGCUCUUCGGGACGAGCGCACCAAGAUUUAUGGCGAGCAGCAAAAGGCGUACAGUGCAGUCAGAGAAAUCAAAGAUAACUACUACAAAGCCCGCAGAGCAUAUAAGGAGUACGAAGAUGAACUUUACCGCAUUCGUCGAGAACGCCAAAAGGCUGAACGAGAGUCAUAUGAGCGGGAGAAAAGGAAGAAGAUUGCUGAUAAAAAGCUAGAAGAAGCUUCCCGACCAGCCUACACGGAUGAGAUCCUAAUUGCCCAGGGCCUCAUCCGCCACUUCGAUCCCUCGUAUGAUUUCUCUGCUCUUGGCCUGGAAAAAGACAAGAAGGGACAACUUAGUGGCUACCGUGCCGAAGUGGGACGCACUGUCGACGCAUCUGAUCUUAAGGGUGUCAAGAUCAUAAGGAAAGUUGAUCGAGAAGAAAAUUAUUUCAUGGGAGGCACUGGCGGAAAGAAGGGCAAGAAGGGCAAGAAGAAUUUGGCGGCGAGCUCUCCAUCUCCUGCUCAAUUCAACCUUUCCUUUGGUGUUAUCGAAGAUUUGGCAAGCGUCAAAGCAGACCCCCCAAUGAGCCAGGCAGAUGUUCCGGCCCUUAUUACAAAACUAGCCGAGAAAAUCACUAACUGGAAGGCCCAGCAGGCCUCAAAGACUGCGGAGAACAUCAAGAAAGCCCAGGAAGAAAUCGACCGCCUCGAUGAGGAGGAUACGAGCGGUAAAGAUAAGCGAACGACAGAUACUGCACGCAAGCCUGCUCUCCAGAACGAAGGUGCCAAUGGAAAGGUGCCCGCAACUGCAGAGCUUAAGCAGGAAAAGGACGCGGUUGCCGAUGCAGCUGAAGAGCUUCAGAAAACGUCCCUUGAAGCUUAA